UUGCGCCUCUUAUCUUGUUUUUGAAAAAUAAAGGUCACUGUUUUACGCGUGUGCGAUAUGUCUAUCGUGCUGAAACACAUUGCUUGAGUGCAGACGAUGUGUUGAAAUGUUAGGGAACGCUGCAUAAAAGGUUCGUCAAAAGAACUUCAUCAGCCAAGGGAAUGCCACAGUCUUCGGGGAAGAAAACAUGGCUACAUCUGGAGAGAGCUUAAAGAUCUACUAUGACUGCAAAGUAAGAAAGCACAGAUGGUCCUAUGAUGACUCAACAAUGGAUGACAAGGAAAACACAAGAACACCUUUUUAAGACGAGGUCCACUUUUGAGAACUUUGACUCGAAAUCAUAGUGCUUUAUUUGUGGCGAAAAGUGCAGCCGUCAUAGAGACAAUACAUCAAGAGAUUUUAGCAGAAGUUGGUCCCUAGGGCCAAACAAAAAAAGUGUGUGUUUCGGGAAACGGCUGAAAAAAAAUUAGAAAAAACUUCGUGAGCUUAUAACCAUUCCACACACACUGGACUCGUAAACAUGGCAUCUUCGAGCGGAGGGCCAAGGAAAAGAAGGCCGGACUUCUCCUGUAUGGAGCAGCCGCCACUUAUUAAACAGCUCAGAGGCAUUCUUUCGGAAUACCCGGACGGCGGACAGAUUCUUAAAGAAUUGAUGCAAAAUGCCGACGAUGCGGGUGCGUCGGAGUUGAAGAUCAUGCUGGAAAGCAGGAGGAUUAACAGAAAUUUGACGGACGAAUCUCCAGAGUAUACGAAAUUCUUUCAGGCGCCAGCCCUGUGUAUCUUCAACGACGCCGAGUUCACAGAAGAAGACUGGAGAGGAAUUCGAAUGAUUUACAGCAGCGUCAAGGAAGAAGACAGUCUCAAAGUUGGACGAUUUGGAUUAGGAUUCAAAUCUGUUUUCCAUAUGACAGACUACCCGUGUGUAAUAAGUGGUGACACAAUGCUUCUUAUCGAUCCUCACAGACCUGCCCAUGAGGUAAAUGCAAAAUUGAAGAUAAAUGAAAUACAUGAAAUUGAAGGCAUGGAAACGAGCGACUUGUUACGUGCGAUUGGAGGAAAAUACGGAUUCGAUAAAUCCGUUGUAGAUAAAGGAUACUUUCGCGGAACUAUGUUUUGGUUUCCGCUUAGGGAAAAGGCCUCGCAAAUCUCAGAGGAUGUUUAUGAUGUCGGUAAAGUCGAAAAGUUGUUCGGUAGUCUUAGUGCUGAAUCAUCAAGCAUUCUUAUCUUCCUUAAAUCACUCGUCCGUUUACAGCUGUUAAAAAUGUCACAGUCAGGAAACGAAGAACACGUCCUACGAGUACACAUUCAAAAUGAGAAAGAAAUACAGACAAGCAGACAGUCUUUUUUCUCUUGUGUAAAGAGUGCAUCGUCUAAGCAAGCUGUGUCAUGUGUUUUUACAAUGACGAUAAAAGAAGAAACAGCUACAGUCACAUCGAAGUUAACAAAGUGGCUUGUUGUCAACUAUUGCAUAGUACAUAAUGCGACAAAUGAUUUUAAAAGGCUAAUUCAGAGCCCGAAGUUAGGUUUGAGUCCAUGUGUAGGUGUCGCCGCGAAGAUAGAGCCAUUCUCUGCGGUUGAUGGACACAUAUUUUGCUUUUUACCGCUUCCAAAAGAAGGAUCGAAACUUACAGGCUUACCCUUUCAUGUCAAUGGUUUCUUUGCACUUAGCCAGAACAGACACCAUUUGAAGUGGGAAACUGACGAUCAGGAUCACCAAUACGUUAGUGAUGAGAUUCUUUGGAAUAAGAAACUAUUGACUGAGGCACUGCCUUUAGCAUUCCAGAAGGCACUCGAUACAUCCAUAAGCAAUGCGGAUACGUAUGGAAACAAGGCGUCAUUGGUCGAUGGAGUUUAUUUGUGGAUUCCCAAUUUGGAAACAGUUCUUGAUAAAUGGAAUCUUUUUUUUAUGACCGCAUUACAGUUGUUUGAGGACAAAAAUAUUGUGUUUUGUGAACACUUUAAUUCUUGGAAACGUGUUUCGGACGCGGUUUUUACCACGUUUUCAAAUCUUCCUCACAAAUUUGAGUUCGUCAAGGCACCGGUGCGAAAGGCAAUCGGUUCUUGCGGACAGUUCCCAGUUGUUGUACCAGAGCACGUAUUCCUUACCUUGAAUUUGUUGUUUGGACGACAAAUCAUUGACAUAUCGCCAUUGAAUUUCGCUGAUAUCUUGCGGAACAAUGCGACUUACAAAAACAUGACAGAUAAAGAUAAACAAGCUCUCGUUGCGUAUCUUACAAGUGAAAGAAACAUUCAUACAUUGGAAGGUCUUGAUCUUUUAUUGUUGGCGUCGGGAGAAUGGGGCACCUUCAAACAUAAUGGAAGUACUAAAUACAUUUGUUCUGAGAUUGAAGUAAACAUGUUUCAAGGCAGUGAAAGAAUUUUCAUCAUGCCGUAUGCAAGACUGGACCAAUGUACAAAGGAAGCAAUGCACCUCAUAUGCGAACAAAAACACUACCCUAUUCGGGAUUUAGAUGACGCCAUUUUGAAACAAUUGCUGCUACAAACGCUCCAGUCACAUUUGGGACCAUCAUUGAUUAUGACUGAGAGGUCAAAUCUGACAAUGAAAUGGCUUAGACUUGUUUGGUGUUCUAUAUCCAACCGUGGAAUCCGUAAGUUUUUAGAUGUUCCAAUCUUUCCAGUUCUGGAAGCCGGAUCCUUUGAUUCAAAAUAUAACAUAAAACUUGUCCCUCUGCACAAGUCUGAUUUACUUUUGAAGACUGACCAAACUGGCAAUAGAAUCAAAUGCUUGGAUAAUGACGUUGAACGAAGCUUAUGCUUGCUUGGAAUUACAGUUAUAACUCAGUUGCCAAGUUGGUUAUCGUGUGAAAUGAUAAAAGAGUUCGUUGUGCGUCCAACGAUAGAAGAUGUAAAACAGCUAUUGCAAAGGAAAGCAAGAUCCAUUGACCAGCAAACGAUAGACUCGUUUAACAAAAAAGCUACGAUGUCAAACAGAUCUCAAUUUCUUGACUUCUUGUCACAGUUUGGCUCAUUCGACGACGAUUUGGUUUAUUUAUUACGAAAACUAUUGUUGUUUAGAUCUAUCAAAGAAUUAGACAAAUGUGUUUUCGUUGAUUCCCACACACAUUUUGUAAAAGAAUCUGAAAAAGACAAGUUCCCUAAGGAAAUUGAAUAUCCUGAUAAUUGUAUCAUAGUUAGAGGAAAGGAAGAGGUCAUAGUCAAACAACUAGAUUGUACGAAACUGACUUUGCACGAAUUUAUGCGCGUGAAACUAGCAGACCCCGAGUUUAACAUGUCAAAGAAAGAAAAUAAAUAUGUUAUGGUAUUCUUUCUAACCCGUAUUCAACAAUUUUCUUCCCUGAUUGAACCUGUCUCCGAAAUGCGAUUCAUGAAAGACACUGCUGGGCAAUUAGUUAAACCGUCAGAAAUUUUUGACCCAUUUGACAAAUUUCUUUGUCGUUUGUUCAACGGAGAACAUGUUUUUCCGGUAGCUACAUACGAAUUGCGAUCACACAGAGCUGCAUUCAUCAAACUUGGAAUGAAAGGAGUUGACAAAAUACUGCCUGAAAAUAUCUACGACGUUGCAAAAACCAUUGACGCUAUGUCCAAACUCGACUAUAACAUGUGUGAUAAAGCAAAAGCUCUUCAAGAAUACAUCGAACACAAUCCAGGUGUACUCAGGAAAACACUAUGGUCAGGUAAACAUCUAGGGAAUGAAAUAAAAGACCUGUCAUGCUUUGUAUACUGCUCUUCAGAAGAGUGUGAAUGGAACAAUCGUUUCCCGCAGCUUCUCAAGUGGUUUUCUACUAAGAGUAGUGUAUGUUGCCCAGGAGAUAUGAAAGAAAUAAAAUUUUGGCAACUGGUGUGUUCCUCAGUGCCGCUGAUAAAAACGCGUUCUACAGAAGUGUCGUUGUUCUAUGAUUGGAAUACAUCCCCUUCUACUGAAAAAAUUCUUCUCCAUUUGAAAAGCAUUCAGCAGUAUUCCAUAUCAACAGACAUGACGCUAGAAUUGUUGACAGUUAUCAAAACAAUCUAUCAAGCUUUGUCUAAGCAAUCAACUCCAAUAGUAAAAGAAGCAUUAGUUUCUAAUGCACUUGUUUGGACAUCUGAUAACAAUUUUCAUGCCCCUUCUAAAGUUAUCAUGCAAAAGAAUGAUGAUGAUAUACAAUUAAAACCAUACAUGUAUUUCCUUUCACAAGAACUUGGAUCAAACGUUUGCAAAGAAUUGAAAACGUUUUUCACCUGGUUAGGAUGUCACUCACGACAGGAUGAAAACGUUCUUGUACGCGUAUUGCAUGAUCUAAAAAAUAAAUAUUUAAACAGCAAGGUCAGCGAAGCUGAAAUUAAGACAGAUUUGAAAUGUGCGCAGAUGAUUUUAGAAAGGUUAGCAGAAGCCAACAUUGACUUAUCUUGGGCAUCGGAUAACAUAUUAAUGGUUGUACAAUCAAACUCAGACCAAACGAUUAAAUUUGCAAGAUUGUCGGAAUGUGUGUAUGAUGACGACCCGACAGGGUUUAACGAUGUUGUCGAUGGUGAAAAUAUUUGCUAUGUGCAUGCGCAAAUACCAUUACGUACCGCAGAAAAGCUUGGCGUGAAGUCUGUCACUCGACAUGCACUAGCAGAGGCACAGGAUUUUGAUCAUUGGGGCCAACAUGAAAGUUUUACUACACGUUUGCGAUCACUUCUUCGUGAUGGAUAUACAGACGGUCUUUCUGUGCCUAAAGAAUUGUUGCAAAAUGCAGAUGAUGCGGGUGCUACAGAAAUUUGUUUCGUGUAUGAUGAGCGAAAACAUUCAGAUUCCCGGGAUAGAUUACUUAGCAAAAGUCUCUCCGACUUUCAAGGUAGUGCCUUGUGGUGUUAUAACAAUAAAGUCUUUUCCGAAAAAGAUCUCCGGAAUAUCAUUAAGUUUAACAAUUCUGCUAAAUCUGAAGACGUAACAACAAUUGGUAAAUUUGGGCUUGGUUUUAAUGCUGUCUACAACAUAACUGACAUUCCAAGCUUUAUAUCCGGUGCGGACAUGGUGAUUUUCGAUCCGCACGAAAAAUACCUUGAUGAUAAUAGUACUUUGAAACGUUCUAAUGGGAAAAGAAUACCUUUAUCAAAACGAACUUUGGUUAAACGACACAUCGAUCAAUUCAAGCCAUUUCAGGGUAUGUUCGGUUGCAAUGUGUUAGAUGAUCCUUUUGAACCAUAUCAAGGAACAUUGUUUCGAUUUCCACUUCGAACAGCUCAAGAAGCAGACCAGAGUGAAAUUUGUAAAACAGUAUAUUCGCACAGUGAAGUUCAAUCUUUAUUAGUGAUGUUAAUGAAAUCGGCGGACAAAUUAUUACUAUUUUGUCAAAACGUAUUGUCAUUAAAACUUUUCCACAUAUCGGCUAAUGCUACGUCAUCAACUGAAAUGAAGACUGUUUAUAUGGCACAGAAGGACUCCUUUAGGCAUUCUGGUAAAUGCUGCACUAGACUUGAGACUGGUAUUCUGAAAAAGGUUGCAUCAGUCCAUGAAAAUCAAUGUGAUUUCGGCAUGGAAGAGCAUCAUACUAUUAAGAUUAGACAGACUUUUUAUGAACACGCUUCGUUAUUUCCUAAUCGAAUUUACUCAGGAGCCGAUCUAAACGUUACGUGGCUUGUAACAUGGGUAUCAAAAAAUGGACCAAAACAGUUAAAACACGUGGACGCAGUUCCUCUUGUUGCUGUUGCAACACUGUGUAAAACGGAACAUGAUUGGGCAUGUCAACCAUUGGAAACACUGACUAAGGGAAACUAUGAUACAGGCCAUAUGUUUUGUUUCCUUCCGUUGCCAAUUAAAACUGGAUUGUCGUUUCAUAUCAAUGGUUGUUUUAGAGUUUCAGAUGAUAGGCAGAGACUUACCCUACUGAAUGAAGAUGACAAAACGAGCGGAUCGAAGUUUAUUUUUCAUGCUUGGAAUAUAUUUCUUCUUCAGGAUCCUUUAGUAACAGCACUCCUGAGUCAUAUUCAGAUAACGAAUCGUUUUUGUCAAAGGAACGAAGAUGCAUAUCGUGCAUGGCCUCAUAAUUUCAAUCCGGAUGUGUUGCCCUUUGUUGCAAGCUUGUACAGAGCUGUUAUAGAUCAGAAUAAACCAGUGUUCAGAGACCAAAGUAACAACAUGCCAUUCAGUAAAAUUCUGAUUCUUGAAAAAAAGAUUUUCACUACGCAUGUUCAUGCAUUUUUUGACUUUUUGUUGAAUGUACCAUUUGGAAUAGAUAGGACCGUUGUUUAUGUUCCUGACUUUGUCUGUAGUAAUCUGCGUUUAUUUAACAAAGACAAAGCCCCCAUUGUCGAGCGUGCAUUUAUUUCCAAGACCGACGCAUUAGUCCACUUCCUUCAUCACAUCAGUGAUCCAUAUUGGACGAAUAAAGAAACUGUUCGCAACAACUUGCUCGCCUGGACAAUAAUGGAAGCCGAUGAAAAGGUGCGCAAGUUUGGAAGAUUUAUCAAAAAAAUGUUUGAAGUGUACUAGAAUUCGUAUGGGACAUUUGCUGAAAUAUUUGGCGGAAUCCGACAUUCCUAAAGCAACGUUUGACAAGCUCCAACACUGUAGAAUUCUACCCGUUUUACAAAAACCUUUUGAAUGGAGUUUCACUUGGGAAGCCGACACGAAUGUA